GGCCCAUGAUAAAUCGCAAUGCAUUAUUGAUAAUAAUAAUUACACUGACAUGCGCAUUUCUUCUUGAAGGGCUAAUUUCCCAACUCUACAAAUUUGUUGUAAAGAAGACGAAGGGGGGAAAAUAUUGCAACUAUUUGCUCCCGAUGGUUGCACCAUGUCGAGGCGCAAGCAAGCCAAGCCGCAGCACAUCAACUCCGAAGAACCCGGUCCGGCGGAAAACGGGUCUCUUCAGGAGAGUGCAAUGGAGGAGGAUAGGGUGGAGGCGAAAAGAAGCAAGAUGGAGGAAACAAAGAUAUGUGACGGAUGUUGCGCCGAGUUCUUUGACUUGACAGAAUUCCUCGAGCAUCAGAGAACUUGCACUAAAAGUCAGGAGGUCGUUAUCAUGAAAGACUUCUCGCAGGGCUCCCCACAGAGCUUCCCCGGCGACCGCAGCGCGAGCCAGUCUGGCAGCGAGUCGCAGAAGGGGAACGACGGCUCCUCUGAUAGGAUGGAGGAAGAGGCCAAAUCAAACGAUGAGCCAACAAAACCGAUUCACGUGGAGGUCCCUGCCGGAAACUCUAAUGUUACACUGGAAUCCAUGCCUGGCACCAAAGUGGCCGUCACCCAGCAUUUGUCCAGCUGCAAGUCUCCAACCUCCCAGACCAAUCUCCAUGCCAUCCCCAUGAUUCUGGAGCAGCUGGUGAACUUGCAGCAGCAGCAGCUGCAGCAGAUCCAGCUGACGGAACAAAUCCGCAUCCAGGUGGCCAUGAUGGCCCCACAGAGCCUGCAGUCCAGUAUCGGUGCUGCCGUUGAUCCUUUGAAGGCCCUCGGGGCGCACCUGUCUCAGCAGCUCUCUGCGGCCGCCGCCUUGAUUGGGAAAAGGACUGGAAGUCAGAGCCUAUCCCUGGAGACUCUGAAACAGGGAAAACUACCUCACUCCAACGGAGUCCCGAUGUCGCUAUCAGCGAGUGUCGGAGUGUCAAAACUGGACAUGUCAAAGGGGAUUCCUGCACUCUUUCCUCAGUCUCCAGGUGCAAUGGCUUUCCAGAACCCCUUCACUGCCAUCUCAGCUGGCAUAGACCCUACUAAGAAAGUCAAGGGGAAGCUGCCCGCUAUGACCGAGCAGAAGGCUGGGUCAGGGGAGCAACUCUUUAAGCACAAGUGCACGUUUUGUGGGAAGACGUUCGGCAAUGACAGCGCCCUCCAGAUCCACUUGCGCUCCCACACUGGGGAGAGGCCUUACAAGUGCAACAUCUGUGGGAACCGGUUUACCACGAAGGGCAACCUCAAGGUUCACUUCCAGAGGCACAAGGAAAAGUAUCCACACAUCAGGAUGAACCCCCAUCCAGUACCUGAACAUCUCGACAACAUUCCGACCAGCAGCGGCAUCCCUUAUGGGAUGUCCAUGCCCAUUGAAGAGUCCAACUUUGUAGAUGGCAAGCCUGUAAUGGGUAUGCCUGCUGCAGGAUUCCAUCCUUCUGUACUGCAGGGCCUUAAGGCAUCAUUUGAAACUUCCCUGGGGGGUGAGAUGUAUUCUCAGAGGCCUUCUUCAUCUGGCAGUGAUGGAACCUCAAUCUCAUCGAGCAUGUUCAACCAAGAAAUGGGACUGGACCAGAACCAUGGGUCUCCAGAAGGUCCUGGAAGUUUGCCCCAGAUGAAUGGCAAUGGUCUGGUUGCAGAUGCAAGCUCGGGGACGGCCAAGCUUCAGCAAAUGGUAGACUGUUUGGAGAAGAGGACCAGUGACCCCAAUGAGUGCAUGAUCUGUCACCGGGUGCUGAGUUGCCAGAGCUCCUUGAAGAUGCACUAUCGCACCCACACAGGGGAGAGGCCUUACAAAUGCAAGAUCUGUGGCCGGGCAUUCUCAACAAAGGGCAACCUCAAAGCCCAUUAUGGUGUCCACAGGGCCAACACACCAUUGAAGAUGCAACAUUCCUGCCCCAUUUGCCAGAAGAAAUUUACCAAUGCUGUAGUUCUGCAGCAACACAUCCGCAUGCACAUGGGUGGUCAGAUUCCCAACACUCCUCUGCCAGAAGGCACAUUCGAGGCUACAGAGAUGGAAAGCUCUCCAUCUAAUGAGAAGACCCUUGACGUGAAUAGUUUUAAUGAUGAGAGUCUUGAUGAGCCUGAUGUGGGGUUGGACUCUCAGGAAAAGCCCUCGGAGUUCUCUGAGCCCCUAAACGGGGCUUCAGGUAUGAAAGAAGACCAUGCAUCUCACCCUCAGCCUAUGUUGUCUGGCAUUGCUGCUCUGGAAAGCCACAUGAAGAGCUUAACCUCAGCCCUCAACCUGCAGCAGCAGCAGCAAACCGGUGCAUCCGAGAAUGACGUCACACCUAAAGACGCCCCACCUGUGUCGGGGGAGAUGAGCGGAGAAUAUCAGAAUGGCCGGAGUCCUGCAGCCUCAGACUCUAUGUCUUUCCAAUCUUCAUCUCCUGUCGAUAGCCAGCAGGGCAGCAACCAGUCAAAGUCUCCUGAUUCUGCAAUCGCUGAAGAAGGUGGUAGAGGUGCUUCUAAGCCAGAGGUAGAAUAUGGGUCUCAGGAUCCUGAAUCUGGAGGUGCUCUUGACCUGACUUCUGGCAGUUUUGUUCCAAAGCCAGUCAAAGAGAUACCAGGCCUUUCCAUGACCAUGGGAGAAUACGGCUCUAGCCAUGUCCCUUACAUGCGGGUUCCCCCAAGUCUGGUCAAGUUGGAAAUGCAGAUCCCUCCCGAGACCCCAAUGGGACAACACAACCUUUUUGGUACCCAGAUGCCCUUGGGUGUAGGCUCGCAGUCCGGCAGCGCUAGUGCACCACGUCGCUCCAGCAAGCAGCACCUGUGCAAUGCUUGCGGAAAGAACUUCUCCUCUGCCAGUGCUCUACAGAUCCAUGAGCGUACACAUACUGGGGAGAAGCCCUUCGCUUGUACAAUCUGUGGCCGAGCCUUUACCACAAAGGGCAACCUGAAGGUGCAUGUUGGAACUCACAUGUGGAAUAACUCUGCAAGGCGGGGGCAGAGGAUGUCUCUGGAUAACCCCAUGGCCUUGAUGGCCAUGGGUACAGAGCCGAAGAUGGUUCCUGAGAUGAUGCCACCCCCAAAGGACCUGCCGCCUCCUCCCAUGAACUUUGACCCCUCCAUGUGGAACCAGUAUGCCGCGGCAUUUUCAAAUGGUCUGACCAUGAAGACCAAUGAGAUUUCAGUCAUCCAGAACGGAGGCAUUCCCCUCCCAGGUAGUCUUGCCAGUGGUCCACUAGCAGGCUCCACUGGGGGUCUGAUGAAGAUUGAUAGCUCCCAGGCUGGUCUCCCUGGUACCAUAGCUGAGAUGGAGAAAAAUGGUGCAGAAGGUGUCCCAAAGUCACAGUUUUCACACUUCAUGGAAGAGAGCAAAAUCGCUGUGAAUUAAUUUUUUUUUUUUUUGUGUGUAAUUUUCUCCCACCUCCUUGCAUUUUUCUAAGUUCUAUGACAAAUCUAAUCAUCCUACUGAAAAGGAUCAUGGCUUUUUUAUAAUUGUCGCUAUUUUUACUUGCUUGGGAAUAAAGUACAAUCGCCUUUAGAGCUUUGACCCUCGAUGCAAGGCUCCCUUGGUGAGGUUCUAUGGGUUUCUCAAAGCAUUAAUUGAUCCCUUUCCCCCGGUCAUUUUGAAGGGGGCACCUUGUUGCCCUUGGCGCCAUUUUGAACAGUUUACCUCUUAAAUGCCUAGUAUUUCUUAUAGUAAAACUUGAACUGCUGUAGAGAUCUUGGUUAUAUUUACAGUUUGUACGUGUGGAAACGAAGCGGGUAACUUUUGUUUUUUAGUCUUUCCUCUGGAAGUUGAAUGUAUUUCUUACUUGAAACAGCUGUAAUCCAAACUUUGUCCCUGCCAGGAAUGUACGCUAAAGGAUAACGCCUAGUUGCAAAUGUUUGUUUGAAGAUGUAUAGUUGAUAUUUGGGGAAAUUCUGUUUUUUUUUUUUUUUUUUUUUGUAGCUACUUAAUCUGUGUUUGUUUGACUUGUCUAGCACCUACAAUUUCACCCAGCCCAUAGGAAAUCUGUCAUUCUCAUGCAAGACGAUGUUUUUCAGGGCAAUGGUGCAUUUUGCUGCUUUGUGUAUCAACAGUCUGGUUUGGAAAAGCACCAGUAGUUUGUCCUUUUUUUUUGUCUUUCUGUAAACGGUGGUUGCUUUUGUGGUGAAAUGUAUAUAGUUUACACUCUAAGUGCCUAGCAUUGAACUACGUAUGCCAGCAGCAUCUACUCGAACCACCACAGAUGACGUUGUGAUGAAGAUGAAAUUCCUUUCCCUCUGGCCAAAAAUGAUCAAGACUUCUUGCAUUUUUCUGUGUCAGUGUAACGUUCGGUUUCCUGAAGCUGGAUUUCUGCAUGUGUCCCUUUUAUCCAAACUGGUAGGGCCUAGACCAAUGUUUUAAAGGCUAUUAAAACACUGAAUGCUUUCA